CGGUGCGGGAGGCGACGGCUGCGCCUUCGGUACUGUCAUGGAGCUGGUGUGUAAAGCGCGGGAAGUGGGUUGCUGGGCGGCCGAAGAGAUGGGAGCGCCUGCGGCGGCCCGGGCCCCGGAAGUGACGCUGCGCAGGCUGUGUCUGGGCCAGGGGGCUGAUAUCUGGACCUACAUCUUGAAGCAUGUUCACAGUCAGAGGAGUGUCAAGAAGAUCCGGGGAAACCUUCUCUGGUAUGGCCACCAGGACAGUCCAGAGGUCCGUCGGAAGUUGGAGCUAGAAGCUGCCGUGGCCCGCCUGCGGGCAGAGAUCCAGGAGUUAGACCAGAGCCUGGAGCUGAUGGAGCAAGAGACUGAGGCUCAGGACAUGGCCGUGGAGCAGGCACUGCAGAGCAUGAGAGACACCCAGCAUCGGGCCCUCCUCCUCCGGGCCCGAGCUGGGGCGAUGCGAAGACAGCAGCGUGGGCUCCAAGAUCCCAUGCAGCGGCUGCAGAAUCAGCUCAGGCACCUGCAAGACAUAGAGAGGAAGGCCAAAGUGGAUGUGACCUUUGGACCCCUGACAUCAGCAGCUCUGGGCCUCGAGCCUGUGGUUCUGCAUGAUAUCCGAACAGCCUGCACCCUCCGAGCCCAGUUCCUGCAGAACCUCCUGAUUCCCCAGGCCAAGGGAGGCAGUGUCCUAACCCCUCAUGAUGACCACUUUGGAACAUCCUACCAGCAGUGGCUUAGCUCAGUGGAGACACUGCUGACAAACCAUGCCCCAGGCCACGUCUUGGCUGCCCUGGAGCACCUGGCUGCAGAACGGGAGGCAGAGAUUCGGUCCCUGUGCACUGGGGACAGGCUCAGAGAUAUGGAGAUAUCCAGGCCCCAGGCACCGGACCAGUCAGACUCGGGCCAGGCCCUGCAGUCCACAGUGCAUCUCAUCCAGGAGGGCUGGCGGGCUGUGGCUGCACUGGUCACCCAGCGGGGUGCCCUUCUGAAAGAGCAUCAAGUACUGACCCAGCACCUCCAGGGCCUGGUGGGAGAGGUGGAGAGAUGUACCCUAGGACCCAGCGAAAGGCAGGCACUGAUGCUGGGGCUUCGCGUCUGUGGUCUGUGGGCAGAGCUCAAAGCCCUGCGUGCCCAGAGCCAGGAGCUGGAGGAUGCAGCUGGGCAUCGGCAGCUUCUGCUGAGGGAGCUACAGGCCAAACAGCAGCGGAUCCUGCACUGGCGCCAGCUGGUGGAGGAGACACAGGAACAGAUCCGCCUGCUCAUCAAGGGAAACUCAGCCAGCAAGACCCGCCUGUGCCGGAGCCCCGGGGAGGUGCUGGCUCUGGUUCAGAGAAAGGUGGUCCCCACAUCUGAGGCAGUGGCACCACAGAGCCAGGAGCUGCUUCGCUGUUUGGAGGAAGAAGCCCAGCAUCUGCCCCACCUUCUGCUGGGCACCCUACUGCGGCACAGCCCUGGAGAGUUGAAGCCCCUGCCCAUUGUCUUACCAUCCAUCCACCAGCUGCACCCUGCAUCCCCAAGGGGCUCCAUCCUCAUAGCACUGAGCCACACACUGGGGCUGCCUGCAGGGAAGGCACCAGAGCUGCUCCUCCCGAGAGCUGCCUCUCUUCGCCAGGACCUUCUGUUCCUCCAGGACCAGCAUAGUCUCCGGUGCUGGGAUCUGCUCCACAUGAAGACCAGCCUGCCACCAGUGCCAUCUACCCAGGAGCUGCUGCAGAUCCAUGCAUCCCAGGAAAAGGAGCAGAAGGAGAAUCUGGGGCAGGCUCUGAAAAAGCUGGAGAACCUGCUGAGACAGGCACUGGAGCGAAUUCCUGAGCUGCAGGGGAUCGUGGGGGACUGGUGGGAGCAGCCAGGCCAAGCCGCCCUCUCCGGAGAGCUCUGCCAGGGCCUGUCCCUGCCCCAGUGGCGGCUGCGCUGGGUCCAGGCCCAGGGGGCCCUGCAGCAACUGUGCAGAUGAAGAGGGGGCUCACAAAGGAGUCAAGAACUUCAUAUUUGUUCACCCAACACCUCAUCUUCCUCAGUAAAACAUCUGGAAGAAAGCAUGGCCAGGACUUGUCAGCCCAUUGUCUCCGCCCACACCUGUAGUUCCCCUCACGUGCUGUUCUGCUGCUCCUCUCAAUUCCCUGGCCCCCUGUCCUUUCAUCCUACAAGGCCAAGAGAAUAGGGUACUCUGGACUCCACCCAGGUACCCCUAAAACUCCCUUCAUCACUUCCACCCUCAGCAAAAAGUGAUUGAGCAUCUCCCUUCCACACUGGAAAUACAGCACUGAACACAAGGGACAAAAGUCACUGCCUUCAGGGAGUUGAUGUUCUAGGGCAGGGAGACAGACAAGUGACAAGAUAAGCAGAUAAAUAGUAUGUUGGACAAUAACUGCUACAGAGAAAAUAAAGCAGAGCAAAGGAGGUGUGAUUUUUAAAUAGAGGUUACCCCGCAGAGGUCACACUCCUUAAAGGCAGUGAACAGGAACCAAAAGGGUGUCUGAGGAAGGGCUUACAGGUGGAGACCAGGGCAUGUGAAAAGGCCCUGGGUUGGAAUGUGCUGUGAGGGCAGGCCAUUGAGGAGGCCAGUGUAGGGCAUGGGGGGCAGUGCUAAGAAGUGAGAUUGUCUUCUGGUUUUUGUACAAUUUCUUUUUUACAUUUAAAUUAGAGCCAUUUGGAAUUUAUCCUAGCAAAUAUAUCCCAUUUUGUCUUAUUUUACGAAUAUCCCAAUAGCAAUUACUAUAAUACACAGUCAGAGCAGCAGUUGCCUCUGAGGGAGGGGUGGGUGGCAGGGAUUAACAGAGGAGUAGACGAGGAAACCUAGGGUGAUGAGAAUGGGUUACAUGUUUAGAUCAGUGGGGCUUACACAGGUGCAGAGAUUUGUCAGAACUCACUUAACUGCAUUCUUCAGGCCUGUUCAUUUCACUGUGGAUUAUUCUUCAAUUUAUUAAGUAAAACUUCACCCACUGGUUUGAGAUACCACCCUUUCAUACACUAAAUUUCCAUCUUUCAUUGGGCUGUAUCUGGGUCCUCUCCAGACUGAUGAAAUGUGGAAAUUUAGUGUCUAACUCUGCAUGUGCCAUUCCCACAGUGUUUUAAUUAAAAAGGCUUUCUGAUAUGCUUUAGUAUCUGAAA